AUGAUGAUGUUGCUGAUUGUGUUAGGGCUACCAAUAUGCGCAUGCUACCUUUUGUGUUUUGGUAGUGUCCAGAAACAACGAUCCACUGUACGCGCGAUGGCAAGCGUGUCAUUGUUUGUUGCAUGGUGCUUCUGCUUCUUACGCGUACCUUUGCCUGCGGCAGAGUCAACUGCAACGGUAGGGUUUUUUCGUGCCGUACUUUCGCGCACGGCUGUGAUAGGCGUUUCUUUGAUUGCCGUCUUGUCAGGGAGUGUCGCUGCAGGCGCGAUCUACGACUCGUAUGAAAUGUUCGUAACGCGGCGGGGGACCACCGCUCUCACAAGUUAUGAUCUUGAACGUGAUUCGGCAUCGAUUCGUGCUGCGUUUGAGCACACGUAUGCAGACCUGCAAGCGCGACGCUCUGCUGUGACAGAUCUUGAGAAUGAGCUGGAUAUUGGGCACACACGAUCGUUUGAUUGGUCGCGCUUCUUCAAUUUUUCAAGAAAGGAUAAACAACUUGCAUCAAUGCACGCAGAGAUCUCGGGCCUUGUUUCUAUGGCAAAUGCGUUACGAAAGGAACUCGAGAACCAGGAAGAGCGGGAACGGCGCCUCCGGUAUGCACAUACCUGGCCAGGCUGUGCAUGGCUCCUGUGUAACUAUAUGUUUUCUCUGUACUGUGUGAUGCGUUUUAUCCAAUGCGUACUGAACCUGGUCAUCUUUGGCUAUGAAUCCAUCUCUACGCGGGACUUGAUGUCGACGAGCGUGGCACAACUAAUGCGCAUGCUCGGUUUGCACGUGGAUGUAGACGCGUGGUCGCCAACCAUUAGUGUUUUGUUGCUUGGUGGUCUGAUCGUAAUGCGGAUGCGCGUGAUCCUUGGCUCUCUCUCGUCAAUGAUUCAGUCGGUGUCGACGGGCAUAAGCACGCAAUUACUCGUCUUGUUUACGGCGCAAGUGCUGUGUAUCUACGUACUCGCAGCCCUGAUCCAGCUACAUGCGGGAAUGAAUCUUGGAGCGACGGGACAUCCGAGCCGCCUGCUCGCGUCGCUCCCUGACUUCCAGCGCACUUUUGGGCGCAUCUUUGAUAUUAUGUUUUUAUUGUCGGCGAUCCUUUCUGGUGUCCACCGCUGGUUUGUGUCGCUUCCUGAUACCAUAUUUUCUACUUGA